GGGAGCUGGUGGCCCACGAAUCCCCCGUUGCCAUGGGAACCCAUUCAGGGAACUGCAAGCCGCGAAGACAGGAGGGGAGGAGAAGCCGGUCAUGUGGCGAGGCAAGAUGGCUACCAGAGCUUGAAGGCUGCAGCCUGAGUGGGUGGGAGCAGCAGCGCCGUCCGAAAGGGAGCAAGGCGCCUUUCAGCGCGGCAACAGCUGUCCGCUGCUCUUGAAGUUUUCUCCCUCCGGGCCUCCCGGGCGCAGACCCUCUCUCCGCCCCGACCUUUCCCCCAACGGUUUCCUCCCCCCACGCCCCCCUCGGUCAGCAGGCAAAAGGCGAUCGCGGCGAUAACUUUUAUUGCAAGCGGCUGCUCCGGCUCUUUUGUUGCUUUUCUGCGCGCCGCUAAUGGGAGCGCCGCAGAGCUCCGGUCCGUCCGCCGCUCUGGCUCAGUGAAACCUCCGAGGCGACCCCGCUCAUAGCGGAGCCGAGACGAUGGCUCUCACCUUGUUCGAUACUGAUGAAUACAGGCCACCAGUUUGGAAAUCUUAUUUGUAUCAGCUGCAGCAAGAAGCACCACAUCCUAGAAGAAUUACCUGUACGUCUGAGGUGGAGAACCGGCCUAAAUACUAUGGGCGGGAGUUUCAUGGGAUGAUAUCGAGAGAAGAAGCGGAUCAGUUUAUGAGCGUAGCAGAGGGAAGUUACCUUAUUCGUGAAAGCCAACGGCAACCUGGAACAUAUACUUUGGCUUUAAGAUUUGGAAAUCAAACUAGAAACUUCAGACUCUACUAUGAUGGAAAACACUUUGUUGGAGAGAAACGUUUUGAGUCUAUCCACGACCUGGUGACAGAUGGAUUGAUCACCCUUUAUAUUGAAACCAAGGCAGCGGAAUACAUUGCCAAGAUGACCAUAAAUCCAAUUUAUGAACACAUAGGAUAUACAACUUUAAACAGAGAGCCAGCAAACAAGAAGCAUCCUGUGGCUGUGAGAGAUAUGGUUGAUGGGAAAGAUUCUGCGGGAGACAAUGACAUAGUAGAAAAAAGACUGACAUCCCUUGUCAGAAGAGCGACUCUGAAAGAAAAUGAACACAUUCCCAAAUAUGAGAAGGUUCACAGUUUCAAGGUUCAUACCUUCAGAGGUCCACAUUGGUGUGAAUAUUGUGCCAACUUCAUGUGGGGCCUCAUUGCUCAGGGAGUGAAAUGUGCAGAUUGUGGCUUAAAUGUUCAUAAACAAUGCUCCAAGAUGGUCCCGAAUGACUGCAAGCCAGACUUGAAGCAUGUUAAGAAAGUGUACAGCUGUGAUCUCACCACACUAGUAAAAGUACACUUAACAAAGAGACCAAUGGUUGUAGACAUGUGCAUUAGGGAAAUUGAGUCGAGAGGACUCAAUUCUGAGGGACUCUACCGAGUAUCAGGAUUCAGCGACCUCAUUGAAGAUGUCAAAAUGGCUUUUGAUCGAGAUGGGGAAAAAGCAGACAUUUCUGUGAAUAUGUAUGAAGAUAUCAACAUUAUCACUGGUGCACUUAAACUUUACUUCAGGGACUUGCCAAUUCCAUUAAUCACAUAUGAUGCCUACCCCAAAUUCAUAGAGUCUGCAAAAACCACAGAUCCUGAUGAACAGCUGGAAAUACUUCAUGAAGCACUGAAGCUACUGCCGCCUGCACACUGUGAAACCUUGCGCUAUCUUAUGGCUCAUUUAAAGAGGGUGACUCUCCAUGAAAAAAAGAACCUCAUGAAUGCAGAAAACCUUGGCAUUGUUUUCGGACCAACCCUUAUGCGAGCACCCGGGCUGGAUGCAAUGGCUGCCCUGAAUGAUAUCCGUUAUCAGAGACUGGUGGUGGAGAUGCUUAUAAAAAAUGAAGAUAUUUUAUUUUGAACUCUGGAGUACGUGUGCAAGGGUUUCUUAGCGGAUGGCGAGAAAAAUCGGAGGACUGUGAAUAAUUGAGCCGGCUCCUGCGGCUGAAUUUUUAUUGUGAGGUUGUGCUGUGUGAAAGGUGUUUCUUAUGUUGCUUUUGCCCAUACAGAAAAAUAUUGGGGAGAGGUGAUCAUAUGCUCUACUUCCCAGGAUUAUAGCUGUGUGGGCUAUUUCAUCCUAGUUUCUGUUAACCUGGUCUGUUUCUUGCUCACCUCUUUUGUGAGGCUUCUCCUACAAAGGGCGCAGGAGAAGGCGUCAGCAUCUGAAUUCUUAAAUAGUCUGUGACUGUGAUUUAGCAUGUUUCUCAGUGUCAAUCUGUGGUGGUUUCCUGCUCUGUUUUGUCAUUGGUCUUUCAGAGGGAGAGGAGGAGCAAUCUCCAGAGAACCAGAACCUCUAAAUGUUUAUUGACAUCUCCUGUCAUUCUUUUCCUACUUGAAGGAUAACUUUUGUUGGAUUUCAUAACAUUUAUUUAACUGCUGGAAAAUACAUAUUCAUGUACCAGAAACAUAUUCUGAUUGCCAUUUUAAGUAAAGCCUUUGAGUGUAUUUCCAGUUAGAGAUGGCAACAUUGAAUGAAUGAAAAUGGCUUUGUGGUUUUCAGUUGUCUUUUUGUACUUCUGCUGGGCAUGCAUAUUAAUUUAUUAAAGUUUUGCUUUAGAACCUUA